AUGCCACAAGAAGUCGCGGCACCACCAGCGAAGUCCCGCCGUAGUCCAACCCGUCGUUCCCCUAGUCGUAGCCCUCAUAGAGGACGAGCACCAUCACGCCCUAGUCAUGACUCUCAGGGGAGACAGGCACUACGUCAACCUCCCGCUCACCGCUCUCGCUCUAGGUUCCCCGUGCGCGAAGUGCCUUCGGAGAGACAUGGAAAGGCAGAUGGGCCAUUACUCGUCGGAUUGCGAUGCCUACCCUUACCUAUCCACCCGGCUAGACAUAGCCAAGAGAAGGGGAUUUGCAGCAACUGCCUCAAAGUGCACUGGGCCUCGUGCCUCCGCAGAGACCCUUGCAGUCUGUGCGAGAAGGAAGGGCAUCAUAGAUCGUUCUGCGUGUUCAAUCCGUUUGCCGUCAACGAUCUGGGCAACAUGCCGCCGGACGAGCUUUACGAGAUGCUUAGCUACCACACCUACGUGCCACCGCCUGAAGGAGGCGUUCCUCGCCGACGAUACGACCGACCUCUCCGAGACCGGUACAGGACACAGGAUGCCGACCGCCCGGGACCUUCUCGCCAGCCGGCACGUGAGAGAGUGCGAGAGCCUUCGCCACGACCCUCUGCCUCGGAAUUGGCCAGGGAUAUGGGGUUCUCGCCAGACGUCAGCGACGACUCGUAUUAG